AGAUGAAGAGAAAACUCAAGACAAUUGAUUGUUUUUCCAACGUGAUAAUCCUAGAGCUACUCCUAUCGAAAAUCCUAACCUAACCAAUGUGCAAGAUUCUGAUCCAAUUAAUUUGCAUACUGAGGCAGCUGAGCUAAAUCAACAAGAGACUUUAGCCACGGCAUUUGAGAGAGACCCUGGUGGCCUGGUAAACGUGUUCAAAUUUUGAGGCUACCUUUUGAUCAACAAGAUGAAGCUCGGAGAUUUUAUAUAUCUGAGGGCCCAUAUCAAGUUAUAUUAGAUGAGUACCCAUUGAAUGAUGCAUCUCAUGCUCGUCGAUUCCAGAGCAAUUGGUUUAAACAAUUUAGUUGGCUAGAGUAUUCACCUCAUACAGAUCGUGCUUAUUGUCUCCCAUGUUUUCUUUUUUCAAAGAAACCAAUUGGAAAGUAUGGAUCAGAUACAUUCACAGUCAAGGGGUUUAACAAUUGGAAAAAGGUUAAUGAAGGAAAGGAAUGUGCUUUUCUAAAACAUAUGGGAAAUUCUGGUUCUGCCCAUAACUAUUCUGUUGGAUGUUUCAAUAAUCUGAAAAACAGUAUGACUCAUAUUGACAAGGUGAUGGUUAAAGAAAAUGAGAAAUUAGUUGCAGAAGCAAGACUAAGGCUUACGACUACCAUCAAUUCCAUUAGGUGGCUAACAUUUCAAGGUUGUCCAUUUAGAGGCCAUGAUGAAUCUCAGAAUUCAUUAAAUCAAGGUAAUUUUCUUGAAAUGGUCAAGCUUUUGGCUUCAUAUAACAAGGACGUGAAAGGAGUUGUGUUACAAAAUGCUCCAAAAAAUGCCAAAUACACUUCAUCUGAUGUCCAGAAGGAAAUUCUAAGCAUUGUUGCACGGAAAGUGCAAAAAUUAAUAAGAGAAGAAAUUGGCACUAGCAAGUUUUGCAUCAUGGUUGAUGAAGCUCGAGAUGAAUCUAAAAAGGAGCAAAUGGCAAUAGUCAUCCGUUUUGUCAACAAAGAAGGACUUAUCAAGGAACGUUUUCUUGACCUCGUUCAUGUGAAGGAUACUACUGCAGUGACUCUUAAGAACUCAAUUUGUGUUGUCUUAACUGCAACAGGUUUGUUGAUGUGA